CCAGGGCCUCCGGGUUGAGUGGCUGGGCCGAGCCUCCCAUCUCUCCCGCUGGAGUCGCCUGCUGGACGGAGAGCUCUCCCUGCAGGUUCUUUCAGGACAGCAGGCUUGAAAUAGGAUAUUCCCCAAAGGGGUAGGCUCCGCUUUCUUUGUCAGGGGCCCCGAAGACCCGGUGGCAGCCUCGAGGUGUGCAGGCAAGCAGUGCGGAUAUUCGGGGACGCUACGGGUCAGGGGCGAGAGUUCCUGACUUAGAGGUCUUGGUGUAUGGAGAACUGGUUGGCUGGUCACCAGAAAACUGAAGGAUUUCAACUCGAGAAGCCAAGUAAUCCUUUGACUAGGAAAAUCAGUCAUGAGAGGGGCAGCUGGCAUUUUAUGCUACGUGGGAGCUUAUGUCUUCAUCACUUAUGAUGACUAUGACCACUUCUUUGAAGAUGUGUACACUCUCAUUCCCGCUGUAGUGAUCAUAGCUGUAGGAGCCCUGCUUUUCAUUAUCGGGUUAAUUGGCUGCUGUGCCACAAUCCGGGAGAGUCGCUGUGGACUUGCCACGUUUGUUAUCAUCCUACUCUUGGUUUUUGUCACCGAAGUUGUCGUUGUGGUUUUAGGAUACGUUUACAGAGCAAAGGUGGAAAAUGAGGUUGAUCGCAGCAUUCAGAAAGUGUAUAAGACCUACAAUGGAACCAACCCUGAUGCUGCCAGCCGGGCUAUUGACUAUGUACAGAGACAGCUGCACUGUUGUGGAAUUCACAAUUACUCAGACUGGGAAAAUACAGAUUGGUUUAAAGAAACCAAAAACCAGAGUGUCCCUCUUAGCUGCUGCAGAGAGACGGCCAGCAGCUGUAAUGGCAGUCUGGCCCACCCCGCUGACCUCUAUGCUGAGGGGUGUGAGGCUCUAGUUGUGAAGAAGCUGCAAGAAAUCAUGAUGCAUGUUAUCUGGGCAGCACUGGCGUUUGCGGCUAUUCAGCUGCUGGGCAUGCUGUGUGCGUGCAUCGUGCUGUGCAGAAGGAGUAGAGAUCCUGCUUAUGAGCUCCUCAUCACUGGCGGAACCUAUGCAUAGUGGAACACUCAAGCCUGAGCUCUUUAGUCUUGUUCUGAUUUGGAAGGUGAAUCGAGCAGGUCUGCUGCUGUUGGCCUCCUGAGUUCAUUUAGUUAAAGCACACGUGCACUGGUGUUGGAUAGCGCAGCUUGGCUUUUCAUGUACCUACCUACUUACCUACCCCCCCCCCAUGACUUUCUUUUCCCUUGUUCUAGCUGACUCUUCAUGCCCCUAAGUUUUUAAGUAUGAUGGUAAAUGUUCUAAUUUCAGAACCAAUUGUGAGUUAUGUAGUGUGGUAGAAUUAAAGGAGGACGCGGGCCUACUUCUGUUACAUCCAAGCAGUAAUGGGGCUUAUGUUGAAGUAUCACCAGGUCCUUUCAGUCUUCACAAUGGAGAACUCUUGGCCAAAGGUUUUUGUGGGGAGAGGGAGGAAGCCAACUAUCUGGUUAAAGUUAACACCAGAUGGCGCCCCCAUCAGUGUCCUUUUAAAAAAUAUAUACUCUAGUCCAAUAAGAUAGCAACUGUACAAAAUGGCUAAAAUAGAUUUUAGAAUCAUAUGGUAUAUAUCUUGGUUCAUCUUCAAAAUCAGAGACUGAUAUUUGAAACUAGUGGUUUUUAAUCAAAGCUGGCUUUAUAGAAGGAGUAUAAUGUAUGCAGUACCGUUUUAAAACAAUUAGUGUGAGUGUGUGAGUGCGUUUUUGUGUGAUUGAGCCCAUUCUUCCUAAGUCAAACUUGUUAGAAAUAAUGUACCCAUAUAGACUAGCAAAAUAGUAUGUAGAUGUGAUCUCAGUUGUAAAUAGAAAAAUCUAAUUCAAUAAACUCUGUAUCAGCCCUCAA